AUGGCUCCAUCGAAGAUAGCAGAAGCGCCGCAGCAGUACAAGCAGCCGUCACGAAAGGGAAAGAAAGCAUGGAGGAAGCACGUCGACGUAUCCCAAGUUCAAGCAGGACUAGAGGAUGCAAGGGAGGAGGUCAUUAAAGGGGGCAUUGUCGCUGAAAAGGCUUCCGACGACCUAUUCACCCUUGACACAGAAGGCGAUAAGACUAUACAGGCUUCUGUGAGGAAGAUUUACAAACCGCUGAAAGCGGAUGAGAUUCUUGCUCAACGUUCAGCUAUUCCCUCCUUGACUGCUCGCAAACGGCCUCGUGGCACUACAGACGGAAUCAUUGACCAGAGUGUCAAGCGUAGAAAAUCCGAGGGAGUCACUCGGAAAGAAUAUGAAAGAUUGCUCCAAGUUGCCUACGGCAACCGAAGUGUACAAGAUAUCAUCAAGACAGACGGACAUGCUCCUACUCAAGACAUAUGGACACUCGAUUCAAAGAAAGACGAGGUCGACCCCAAGUUCAAUUAUCUCGAGAAGCAAAACCCUGUUAAGGCUCCAUCAACUCUUCGAGAAGCACCCAUGUCUCUCGUGGAAGGGACAAGCAGUAUCUCGGCUAUUCCGAAGCCACAGGCUGGAACCAGCUAUAACCCCGUCUUUCAGGAAUGGGACGCACUCCUCCAGUCUCAAGGGGCUAAGGAGCUAGAGGCAGAGCAAAAACGCUUGCGACAAGCACAAGCCGAGAAAGAAUUUGAAGAGCGAAUAGCGGACGUUGAGAGGGAAGCCCAGCGCGAAUCCGCUCUAAUGACAGAGGAUGAGUCUGCAUGGUCGGGCUUUGAAAGCGAUUUUGAUAAUCCUGAGUGGCUGAAGAAGAAACGAGCGGAGAGGAAGACGCCGCAAGAAAGGAAGAAGGUUGAGAAGAGAAAAGAGAGAGAAAGACAAGACAAAUGGGAGAGGAAGGAAAAAGAAAAGGCCAAGAGAGAGAAGCAAAUCGCGGAGUUGAAAGUUCAGGUAGAUAACGAGGCAAAAGAGAAAGAGAGGAGACUCAUUCAUCGCACUGCUUCCACAGGCGAUAACGAAGAAUUGAAAGAGGAAGUUCUGAGGAGGAGAGCCCCAAGAAAGAACAAGGUACCCGAGCAGCCGUUAGAGUUGACCCUGCCGGAGGACUUGCGGGACUCUCUCCGUACGUUGAAGCCAGAAGGCAACCUGCUCAAGGAUCGAUAUCGCAAUGCGUUGUUGGUCAGGAAGCUGGAGGCGAGGAAGCCCAUCUCACAACCAAGGAAAAAGCAAAGGAAGUUGACCGAGAAGUGGACUCAUAAGGACUUUCAAGUUCCAUUUUCUGUAUAA